AUGGGAUGCGGGCAGGUGCCUGCUUUCCCCGAGAACCUGGGGGAGUCAAAAUGCAAACUGGUCGGGGAAGCGGAAGGGAUGCGACAGCGGUCGUGCUCUGUCAGCAUUCGAAUGGCAGCCUGCUUUGCACGCUUGAACCCUGUGGCCCGCGUUGCACAUCUAUGCAAAACAGAAGUAAUAAUCUACGGGGAUUUGCCAAAACAUAAAGAAAAUGUAAUAUAUUUAUCAAAUCAUCAGUGUACAGUUGACUGGAUUAUUGCAGACAUGCUGGCAAUUAGGCAGAAUGCUCUCGGGCAUGUCCGUUAUGUCUUGAAAGAUGGGUUAAAAUGGCUUCCGCUCUACGGGUGGUAUUUUUCACAGCAUGGAGGACUCUAUGUAAAAAGAAGUGCCAAAUUCAAUGAAAAAGAAAUGAGAGAGAAGUUGCGGGCCCAUGUGAAAAAUGAGACUCCGAUGUAUUUAGUGAUUUUUCCAGAGGGGACUCGUUACAAUCCAGAAAUACCAAAAGUCAUUGCAGAUAGUCAAUCAUUUGCUGAAAAGGAAGGACUUGCUAUAUUAAAGCAUGUGCUAACGCCACGCGUGAAGGCAACUCACGUAGCCGUUGACACAAUGAAAGACUAUCUGGAUGCAGUGUAUGAUGUGACUGUAGCUUAUGAAGGUACUGUGGACCACAAAGGGCAAAGAAAACUGGCACCAUCUAUGACAGAGUUUCUUUGCAAGGAAUGCCCGAGAGUUCAUAUUUUCAUUGAUCGAAUUGAACUGAAGGACAUUCCAGAAGAGCAGAUGUAUAUGAGAAGGUGGCUUCAUGAACGUUUUGAAAUAAAGGACAAGUUACUAAUAGAGUUUUAUGAUGCGAAGGAUUCUAAAAGAAGAAAUAAGUUCCCUGGAAAAAGUGUUCAUUCCAAACUAAGCCUCAAGAAAACUUUGCCAUCUUUGCUGUUUUUAGGUGGCCUGACUGCUAGUAUGCUUCUGACAGAAUCUGGAAGGAAACUCUAUGUAAAAACAUGGAUAUACGGGACUUUAAUUGGCUGCCUGUGGGUUAGCAUUAAACCAUAAGCAGAUGUUAGUCUCCAAUCAGUGAAAUGUGCAGUCUUUUCUUGCACAUUGCACCAAACUUUUUCCUGACUUUAUAGUAAAAAAGUGUAAAUAAAGCCUUAUUGAUCGAACAUUGGAAAUAAUACAAUUUGUGACUUAAGCCUCUGUGUGGUUGGUCUGGGGAAAAUAAAUGUAGAUUUUCAAAUUUGCUACUCAUUUUUGCUGGAAUAAUGAGAGAUAAACAGAGUCAUAUGAUAAAUUGCUUUCCCCAUGAACUAACAUCCAUCUCUGUCUGCAGAUACGAUGAAGUAUGAGUUAUGCAUAGGGGUGUCUUAAGUGGACCUGUGAAUGUAUUUACAGAGAAUAAUUUAGGGUAUAUAUUUAUUCUUCUGAUAGUCACGUUGAAUUUUCGUUACUCUUCGGUGCAUUGCAGCAGCUCAGUUGCAUCUAUCCCAGCUGUAUCGCAACUAAAAUCAAAACUUUUUUUUCUUUUUUUUAGGUUUUGCUUUUCAGUUUUAGCUAAAUCCUGUGUUCUUUAAAAGGGACUAUGUAAGCUGGCAAAUCAUGAGAUGUUACCUGAAGCAGAAUAAAGUGUUCCCGAGAACUACUGUUCAUGGGGAAGAAGCUCUGUUUAUCUAGUGCAUGAUUUUUGAUUAUAUUGCAGUAUUAGCUGAUUAUUUUACAUACGCAAAACAUUAAGUUUUACUGGGCAAACAGCUUAUUUUGCGCACCCUGUAUUUGUGCAUAAAAGGAAUGUACGCAGUAUAAUGAAAUGUUAAGUUUUUGUUUCUGGCCUAACCAGACUGUAGCCUACCUUGUGUCUGCGUUCUCCCUAAGGCCUCGAGAGUUUCAGCUGAGCUCACAGACCUUUCGUGUCUACGUGCCAUACGCGGAAGUUUCCUGUUACCUCACGAUUUUCUGGAAGCAAACUCUGUCAUUUGGUGAUGCGCAGAAUUGCUGUAACUUCAGGAGCGUAAGGGUAUGGUAACGAGGAACCUCCAGAUGUUCCUGCUAAAUCCGAAGCAUGUGCCUUUUCCUACUAAUCUGAUUUAGCCUGAUGUUUCAUAAUCCGGCCAUCAUCUCCAUGCUGUGAUAUCACUCUGGAUUCUCAGAUCAUUGUAGGCGAUGCAGACUGCAGCUGGAUUGAAGUUACAGGGUCGAUGUAUACCAUUUGCACAAUAGACUAGUAGUGAAAGAAAUGCAUAUCCUGUCAGUAUUUCACCUGCUUGAAAAUACAAUUUAAAAAGCAAAAUCAACAAUCCCUUACUACCAGAAAGUCUGCAAUUCCCCGUGGCUGGGAUUUUUGUUGGGGAAGCACUAUUUCCUGGUAUCAAGGGAAUAGUCCAUACGUACAGUGAUGGGGUAGGAAAGAGGAUGUACUUCAUCUUCUUCCACCAGGCAAUAGGACUCCCUGUAUCAAAAUGAAAGAACUAGAAAAUAUUUUUAUAUCACGCUUGCAAGCUUUAAAUGCGCAUCUCCUUUUAGCUUCCGUGCAAUUUGUCUUGCAUUAGAGUCCAUCGUGAGUUAAAUGUCUCUUUAAAUUAUAACUCAGUUUUUCAGGUUCCACCAUUGCCAGUUAAUUAAAGAUACUGCUUUUACUGCGUGGGUUUGGGGUUUUUUGUUGGGGUUUUUUUUCAGAAUUUUGUAGAGAAAUUACUGUUCCACCUUAAAACUGUUCAGUGCAACUUUCAGUUCGCAGUUCUGUGUCCUUCCAUAAUGGAUUUUGUCACUGGAGUUAUUUAUAUCGGUGACUGAUUCAGGAUAUGUUGAUGAACCAUUUUAAAAACAAUGACUGGGAACAAUGUUGAAAAACAGUAUUGUUGUGAGGCUGUGAAACCAGAAAAAAAAAAAAAAAAAAGCCAUUUUAUGUAACAGCCAAAUGUGCUCACAUGUAGUUCUUC